AUGGCAGGGGUGCAGCCCCAGGACGACCUUUUAAAAAUGACGCACAGAGAAAACUGGAAGGUGCAACAUGAACGCCUCCAUGUGAAACACAGGGGUCAUGAGGCCAUGCACGCUGAGAUGGUGCUCAUCCUCAUCGCCACCCUGGUGGUGGCUCAGAUAGUCCUGGUGCAGUGGAAACAGCGGCACAACAGAUCGUACAAUUUAGUGACCUUGGUCCAGAUGUGGGUGGUGCCCUUGUACUUCACCAUCAAACUGUACUGGUGGAGGUUCCUGUCCAUGUGGGGCAUGUUCUCCGUCAUCACCAGCUAUGUCAUUUUCCGAGCCACUCGCAAGCCUCUGUCCUGCAGGACGCCCAGGAUGGUGUACAAGUGGUUCCUGUUGAUUUACAAGCUGAGCUAUGCGGUGGGGGUUCUGGGCUACCUGGCCAUCAUGUUCACCAUGUUCGGCUUCAACGUCUUCUUCAGGAUCAAGGCAGAGGACUCUAUGGAUGUAGGAGUGAUCAUGUUGUUCUAUGGACUUUAUUACGGCAUCAUGGGCAGAGAUUUUGCUGAGAUCUGCUCUGACUACAUGGCUUCUACCAUAGGGUACUACAACAAGGGUGGCAUGCCCAGCAGGAGUCUGACUAAUGACAUCUGUGCUGUGUGCGGUCAGAGGAUCUUUGUUGAUGUGGACGAGGAGGGAUUUAUAGAAGACACCUACCAGCUCUCCUGUAACCACAUAUUCCAUGAAUUCUGCAUCCGUGGCUGGUGCAUUGUGGGUAAGAAGCAGACAUGUCCGUACUGCAACGAGAAAGUUGACCUAAAAAGGAUGAUGAACAACCCUUGGGAGAAGACACAUGUUCUAUAUGGGCAGCUGCUUGACUGGCUCAGGUACCUUGUUGCCUGGCAACCAAUCAUCAUUGGAAUCGUUCAUGGGAUUAACUUCUCACUGGGCCUAGAAUAGACCCCUGAGGAACACCGCCAGGAUGUGGGAGUGUUGGUCAGAUCCUUUUUAAAGUGUGAGAGAAUGCCGGACAUUUGGCUGGAAUAUGUCACGCUUAGUGCUUCAGUGAGCUGGUCCAGGCUGCUUUGGGAACCGUUUGUUUCUUUUAAUCUAAAUUUGAGUGUCUGUUUGUACAGUUGCCUCUAGAGUAAUACCAGGCACUCUGGGGCGCUUUGAUCCUAAAUGAUUGCCAGCUUGUACAAAGGAUACUCAGGUGCACAUUGAGUAUUUGAAAGAUAGUUUGAAAAACACAAGUAAGAUAUGUAAAGGUUGGAAGAGUCGUGUGAAAGGUGUCGGUCUAUUGCAUGUUAUUUAUUAUUUUGUUGCUGUACUUUGUACUGUAUAGAGAAGAAACUGGCUUUUAUAAGAUUUCCUAUAGUUUGUUUCUACACACUCAUCAGUGUCACUUCUCUCUGAUGGGUCUGUGUUUACACUGCUCAACACCUCAUUCAGCAUAGUAAUAUUUAUUUGCAGUCAAACAAUAAUUGGUACAAUAACAAUAAAACUAAAAUAAAUUCCAAUUAAACAAAUUAAAAUACUAUUGCAUAAUAGUGACCACAAAAGUGUACUCUAGAUUAUUUUAUUAAGGAUAGUACAAGUGGGACUGACGGUGACGAGAAAUAUUACGAUCUUAAAUGAACAUGAAACAGGAGCCAUUUUCAAUUUAAAAGCUUGUCUUGAUAUUUUGAAUUUCUGCUUUUGUCUUUGUUUACUUUAUUUGCACAUUGCCAAAUCACAAAAUAACAGAUUUGAAACAGUUGUGCAAAUGAGGUGUAAAAUUGAAAAGUGCUUUUUAAAACGAUGACAAGUAUUGUUUUUCUUCGACAUGCACUCAUUUACUUUCUACAUUUUGUCACAUCAACUACCCUAAAAACUAUGCAGGUGCAGUUGCAGCCAUUGACGUCACUCGCAUUUGUUUUGCUGCACUAUGUCUCAGCCUUCUUUCUUACAAAGGCCACAAAUUACUUUCAACAACGCCAGCAACAUGCUUACCUACAUGACUUGUAAUGGCCAUAAAUUCUCAAGCCAAAACCAAAUAAUUUUACAGUAUUUCUGUUUGUAGGCUUUGUGAUAAUUUUUUUUUUUUUUAAUUUUAAAGUAUUGAGUAAUGAGUUCACUUUUGUCCAAGAUGUCAGUUCUUUAUACAUGGCUUUCCUGCAAUAAUUGGUGUUUCAUCCCUCACAGCACUAACAAAAGCUAUGGGCUUAUCGAUGAGUGUGUUUUUACACUGUUUAAUUUCCUUCCUCCUUUAUCUGGCACACUAAUACAAAGCAACUUGCAAUGACGCUGUAGUGAGCUUAGACUCCCAGAUUACUAACAAUACAGGUGAACAGCUGUAAAGAGGUCAAGGGUCAGGCAUCCUUGGCAACCCAAUAUAAAUACACCAAAUAUUCCUGUGAUCCUACAGUAAUACUAGAUGACAGACAAGUGUUUAACCAGAGGAAGGAGACAAGAUAGAAGGGAUUUUUUUCACCCUUUGUUUUUGUUGGUGUUGUGAAGCAAUUUGUUGAUGUUGUGCUGAGUCGAGCAAGAAUGUAGCAGUGUAAAACAGCUUAUUGGUCUACGGAUUGAAUCGCCAGACACUGUUUAAACCAAACACAGACACUGUAGAGAGAGAGAAAAAAAAAGUAUAUGUAGCUCUGAAUUCUGAAAGUAAUUUGCACAGUUAUUAGAAAAGGUCACUAUCCAGAUGGUUCUGUUGCUCAUCACCUGUUUACAUUUAAUUUAAUAUUGUUUACCAUGUGUUUUAUAAGGGAUAUCGGCUGUUAGCAAUAUCUUUUAUUUUAGGUUUACAUUACAUGAGCAAAUAUUUGGAGCGACAGAUGAGUAGGAUUCACAACGAAAGAUGAAUGUUGUCACUUCUCUGUUUUGAGCAAAUUUUGCACACACCUCGUCAUCAUGAGAGAUAGACAUUAUGCUCCAGUAUGUUAACCGUUAAUGUUACAGUCUCAUUUUAACAUGAACUUCAAAGUUGCAAAGUUGCCAGUAGAACAUGGAGUAUGCCUGCAGCUGCAACUAAUCUCCACCAGAACAAAAUCAAGGCAAGAAGACAUGCUAAAAUAUGACAAAAACCUCCGUCAUAGUUUAUAGCGAUCUGCAUCGCCUUAAAAUCUGUACAUCGUGGUGAUGGUGCAUUGGUUUGCUGACAGAGGGGAGUUCGGUCAUGCAGUGUUUGGAGGGCAGUGGCUAUGAGUAACACCAAAAAAAAAAAAAAAAGCUGUCAUUGUCUCCUCAGCACAAUGAAGUGUUAUUUUUCUAUGUGUGUUAAAAUGUUUUGAAAGUCGCCCAUUAAUUGAAUUUCUCAAGUUCAAUUUUUUAAUUUCCCUCAAAGGAUGAAAACAGUAUUAAGUUGUAAUGGGGGAAGGGGACGGUUAGGCAUUGCUCUAUGCUCUAUGCUCUUUGCUUUUCUUUCACUCUCCCAACAUGGAGGCACAUCCCUGGAAACUGCUCCAAACAUUUCAUGUCGCAUCUCUGUCACAGAGGGUUUGUCCAGAUUCUUUGCGUAAGUCCAGCUCAGUGCUCUACUGCUAAGAAGGCUUUCUCUUUCCAAAUAUCUCUGUAGCCACGCUGUGGUUGCAGCAAGUGGUUUUUGCUUUGUUAUCAGGACCGCUGCUGAUUUACACUUCAUAUUGAAUAAAUAUGUAUAAAAGCAA